CUCAACUCAUUUUAUUAUUGUACCAUGCGAUUAAUGUCUUUUUGUGCCAUUGUGUGACUGUUGUUUAUUGAUUUAUUAUAAUAUGUGCAUGCUUUUAAGCAUGUUGUACUAAUUCAUUUGUUGGACAAUGCAUUUUUGAUACUACAUCCCUCUACACUUAAACUAAGGGCGGAGUGCAUUUUUAAACUACAUUUUUAAGGAUCUUACCAAUCAUCCAAUUAGAAUAUCAGGAAUUGGCCGUUCAUCCCACGCAAUCAAACAGAGGCUUCAUACAAUAGGUUUCCAUGAGGCUCGUACUCACAUCACAUAAAUCAAAUUCAAUAUUGGUUGUACAUAGCAGAAUACUGUAAGCACCUUUUUAUUGUGUGCCAUUCAUUUGAGCUCAUUUCGCUAUUUGCAUUUAAGGUCUAAAAUAAAUAACUGCAACGUAAAGUAUACUACACAAUAUGUUUUUCUGUUUCUCCUUCAUCGGCGACAUUUUUGCUGACAAAUCUUCAGUCUGCAGAUUCAAAGAGGUUUUAAGGACCGUUUGUAAAAAAAAAAAAAAAGAAUACAGGAUCUAUAUAAGUGUUAUCAAAGAUGUAUUAUAUUGUAAUAAACUGUCAACACUUUUAGUAACUUGCUUGUAGAAGCUUAGAAAUGGCAUCCGGGGAAAUGUAGGCCUGCUGUUUUUGGCUUGCUUUUAAUUAGAUUUCCACAAAUUAGAUAAAUAAAUUAAACCAAAAAUGCAAGACCAGCCAUUUUAACAACAAGCAUAACUGAAAGAUAGCAAACUGACAUUUGCAGUGCUGGUAUAUAUCCCAAAAUAGAUCUCCUGCAUGUGACACCUCACUGUCCAAAUAGAAAUUCUGAUGCAAGACAGCUGCUUCUAAAAUGACACAUAGCUGUCUGGACAACUUGAGUGAAAAACUGAGCCGCACUCGCUACAUGCAUAAAAUAAUAGAAAAAUGAAGAGCCUAAAGUUUAUCGCUGCCGAGAGUUUUGUGUUAGAUACCACAAAUGCCAAGAAGAAUUUGAUUUAUAUUUCUCAAAAUCUUUAUCCACUUCUUUUUAAAGCAAGUUAUUUGCAGGAACAGUCUGAAGUGAUUCAUGACAUAAUUCAAAACUGGCCUUUGGCUGAGUUAAACCUUAACAAACUCUUGGGGGCAACGGUGGAUUGUGAAGAUGAUUUAACAAAAAGGACUUGCUAUUGCUGCAUGCAGGCUUUUUUAAAUGGGCUGAAAGCUCAUGUUCUCAGCUGCUCCACAACAUACACAAAGAAGCUCAAACUGGUGGACCUCACAGGAAUAAAGGAUGUUGAAUUCCAGCUCUGCAAGUGCAACAAAUCUUUGGGGAAGUGGGCUAGAACCGAGCUGGUAGCCAGAAUCUGUUACGAUGUACUAGUAGCGAUGCAGUCUGACACCAUUAACCCAGCAGUGUUUGAUAUUUCAAUUAAUAUUCUGAUGGAUGUGUUUGUUACCAAUCGGAGUUAUGAGACGGUUGUCCCGGCCUUGCUAAUGAGAUGCCACUGUCCUCUGAAGAUAAGAUGCGUAGAGUUCAGGGUUGACAGCCUAGCUCUGAAAAGCCUCUUUUACAUCAUUAAGCUCGUCGAGCCUGGUUCUCUGAAGAAGCUGGAGAUGGUUCACAAUGUCCGUCUGGAAAUGAUGCAUUUGGAGGUGCUUCUAACGCAUGUUUCAUUUCCUGAGCUGAGAUCGCUGACCCUUCCUGCCAAGGCAUUUGAUGUACGCAGACUUGCACCUGAAGAUGAGGCAGUCUUAUCACACAUUGGAGAACUGCUGAGUAAGCUGACACGGCUGAAUGAACUGAGUCUAGCUUUUUCAACUCUCACCGGGAGGAUUCGAAAGCUGCUAAGUCCCUUAACUACCCCACUGCAAGUACUUGAGAUUGCGAACUGUUCAUUGAACCAUGCUGAUAUGGCAUACCUGGCGAACAGUCUUCAUGCAGAGUACCUCCAAAGACUGGACCUCAGCGGCCACGAUGUUGCAGACCUAUUCCCUUCAACGUUUUUCAAACUUCUCAGCCGUGCUUCUCACACACUGAAGAGCCUGACUCUGGAGGAAUGCAAUAUUGGAGACAACCAUGUCAACAUGAUGAUCCUGGGUUUGGUACCAUGCAGAAAGCUGAGAGAAUUCAAGUUUCUAGGCAACCCUGUCAGCUCUCAAGCACUUAAAAGCCUUUUCAGUGUGUUUGCUGACUUUCCUCACCUAGAGUACAUUGAGUUUCCAGUUUCCAGAGACUGCUACCCCAAUAAUAUUACCUACCCACUGGAUGAUGAAAGUCUGGUCAAUUAUGACAAAAGUAAAUUUCAGAGAUUAAGGGAGGAGCUUUUAUUAAUUUUACAUCAAGCAAACCGUGAUGAUAUUGUGGUCCGCACACCUCUGUUUGGGAACUAUGACGCAGAAAUUAAGGAAACAAGAAAUGAACUGGGUGUUUUUAUGCUUCAGUCAUUGAAAGAUGCACUCUCCAGCUUCAUGGACAGUGGUGCAAAAUAGACCACUAUAUGAAGAGAGUCCUGGUUUGAUAGAGACACCGAAAACCAAUGUUACAAUAUCUCAGGGUCCAAUGAAUCAAUGUUGCAGUGUUAGCUCUGUAUAGUGUAACACUUUAAUUUCUGAAAAGAUAAGGAGGCUCAUGAUAUCAGACUCACCAAUAGCACAGAAAUCUUUAAAUUAAAAAAAGAGAUAAACAUUCUUAUUGACACAAAGCUGCAUGUAAAAGUUAAUGCAUCAGGGCCAUUGGCUUUCAUUAUAUUUAUUUUACUGUGUCUACUGUCAAUAAAAAUGUACAUGCUAGAUGGCUCUGUUGUACUACAAGCCUCUCUGAUAAACUUAGGGCAGAUGUAUUACUAAUUGAUGAAAUGAUUCUGGGGAAACACAUGGACUAUAAUAAUACAUAUAAUAUAUACAAGAGGUAAACAUGCAUCUAAAAGCAAAGAAAAUUAUAUAAAAGUGUAUAAUGUAGAUGUGUAAUUUGAUGCAUUGGUAAACAGGUUAAAAUGUAUGCCACUUCAUUGUGAAGUUUACUAAACAAAGUGGUUGAGUUAUACAGUGUAUUAUAAUGUAUAAUAAUUUAACAAAAAACAAAUAAUGUUAUUAUUACAAUUUAUUAAUUGCUAUUACUAGUUUUAAUAUUAAAUAAUACAAAUAAUGUUUUGCUUGUAAUGUAACCUAUUUUGUAAUUAUUACUCCCUUUAUUAGCAUAAAGUACAUAUGUAUUUGGAAAUUCUUUUAAAUUGUUAGUGCUAUUAAUCUAACCCAUCUGUUAUCUGAAGCCUAUUUUGGAUACUAUGUUUGAAAUGACUAGAGAAAUAACUUAUGCUGUGGCCUGUUAUAUUGCUUUUUUUGUAUAGUAUAGUGUAGUGUAAUGUAGUCCAUUAAUUAGAAUAGGGUUGCUUUCUUAAAAUGAACUUUCAGUGUGACCACUGAAGUGCUUUUUUUUUUUUUUUUACCAAAAUACUUCAGUUACCGGCAACUGCGUCUUCAGAUUUAGGGGUUGAUUUGAUCAACUUACCCCUUUGGGAUAAGCUACCUCUAGAUUUAGGAUUCAUGCAAUCCCCAGUCCUGUGAAAUGCUUGAAUAAAAUCCAGUGAGGUAUACAUUGAUAUAAUCAACCCCUGAGAGUCAGUGAAGUUUCAAAGUUUCCAAAAACAUCAGGCAAGGUCGAAACCCUUUUGUUACCACCAGACAGUGCCUAUAGAGGCCACACUACUAUUAAGCAUUGCACAAUGAUAUAACACCCCAUACAAGGGUCCACAUGGCGAGUCGGUGCUACAGCACAACAAGGAAGGGUUAUUUUCAUCCCAUAGAUACUGUGUAAUCAAAUAAACAGACCCAGCCUUGGCAGAGUUACAGGUUACAGCUGACACGGUAUGCACUGAGGGGUAGAUGUACUAAGAUGGGCCAGUCGCAGCUCAAACAUACCGCAAUUUGCAUUUCUGUUGCAACAAAUCGCAAAGUAUACAUGUUGUUGUGUUUAAUAAGAGAAAAUAUGUUAAUAAAGAGAGCUGCUAUACUCA